GCCUCCAAGCACAGAAGCAGAAGGCCAGCUCAAAGAUCCCAGGACUUUUAGUAUCUACUCCGAAAGAAGCUAGUGUGUAUAUUAGCUAAACGUAUAUCUAGGAGGACUCUGAUGUAUAACUCAAACUCCCUGCGCUCUUUAGAGCAGGAAAGGCACCAGAUGAGACUGGCUGCCCCGGUACUUAGUGGAUACCUGCUGAGGAAAGAUGUCCGGGACAGAGGGACGCCUUCCAGGCAGACCACUGGAAACCCUGUGAUGGUGUGCCGGGAUCCUGUGGUUCAAAAUGCCCUGUACACUGGAAACAUAGAGGCUGUGAAAGAGGUCUUCUCCAGAGGCUAUCCUUCAGACCUGAUCAUUCAGUCUCAGGGAGGAGACAUGCGCUGGGCUGCAAAUGGAAAAGUGAGAGGACUGUGGUCUCUGACAUAUGAGCAGGAGUUGACCACACCGCUACACAUCACCGCGGGCCGAGGCUUCAGCGAGUGUCUCCGGCAUCUCCUCCUGCGGGGCGCUCGAGUGGACCUGACACCUGGAGGAACCACUGCUCUUCACGAGGCCUGCGAGGAGUGCCAGCCCGACUGCGCCAAGCUCCUGCUGCAGUACGGUGCAAAUGCCAACUCCACCAAUGAGGACGGGCAGAUGCCACUGCACGUGUGCACUGAGCUGGAUUCCCUCGAAUGUGCCAAACAUCUCCUCGCAUUUGGCGCUUUAAUAAACGGGCAAAGCUUGGAUGAAAACGACACUCCGCUUCAUGUGGCGGCGCGUCACGGCCUUCCUGACCAUGUGGAGCUUUAUUUGCGCCACGGAGCUGCAUUAAACCUACAAAACGAUGACGGAAACACGCCACUGAAUGCCGCGUGCUCUCAACCACAGGACUGCGCAUCUCUAGAGCGCUACAGCCGCAUCUGCCGCAUGCUGGUGUCUGCUGGAGCCGACAUACAGAUCAGUGACGCAGACAAGCAGAUGCCAUUGCACAUGGCCUGCAAGAACGCCAACCCUGAUGUGGUGGAUCUGCUGCUGGAGAAUAAUGCUGGAGCCUUCGUCAAUGAAAUGGAUUACGGUGGAGAUGCACCGCUCCAUAACAUCCUGAAGGUGGUGGCAUACAAGACGGAGCAUGAGCCUGAGAGGAUCGUACAGGCGCUUCUCAAUUACGGGUCCAUUAGGGUUUGGCCUGGAGCUCUGCCCAAGGUGUUAAAAUACUGCUGCUCAUCUCCACGAACAAUAGAAGUGCUCUUAAACGCCUACGACCGACUCAAAAUCACUGACGCCUGGGUUGAAGCAGUUCCUCCUGACGUCUUUCAGAAACACCGUGAAUUCUACGAAUCUCUGUUUGCUCUGACUCAGACGCCUCGAUCUCUCCAACAUCUGGCCCGUCACAGACUACGAACAUUUCUGGAGGGCCGUCUGCACCGGGUCAUCCCCAAACUGGGUUUACCAACCUUCCUCAAAAACUAUAUAAUGCUGGCAUUCAGAGACUAUAUGCACUGAGAGAAAGAGCAGAACAUAUGACACAGAGUGAGUUUUAUACCGUCAAGUCACUGUUUUUCCAAAGAUUUGUUUUGGGAAUGAUUUGUGGAUGAAUUGAUCAAGUGACGAUUUUAUAGGAAAUCAUUAAAUGGAUGAAUUGAUUAAUGCUA